AUGGAAAAGCGCAGCCACAAAAAGUGGCGUGAGCGGCUGCUGGCUACAAACAUUCAAUUCUCUCUCUCUUCCCUCUUUUCCCUUUGGCCAUCGUCGGCCUCUACCACGGAGUCUGCCGACCACGAACCAUCCUCCUCUUCCGACGUAUCCUGCCUCCUCUCGCCCUCCUCCCUCAAGUCCACGGGUACAUCGAGCCGCAAGGUCUCGCCGCCCCCCGAGCUCAAGCAGUGCGAGACCAAACAAUCCCCAGCGCCCGAGAAACCUGCGACCGAGUCCCUUCCGCGCACCCGUCCUAGACGCAGUUGUCUCCCAAAACCUCUCGCCGACUUCAAGCGUACAGUUGAUGCUGGUAAAGCUGGUGCCUGGACUGUCCUCCCACUCAGCAAGGAAAACCACACCAACUACCUCAAGCAAAUCGAAGCCGCGUUUCGACGAUUCGACUACGAUCCUCAAAAUGGCCUCAUAGCUAUCCGAAAGCCUGGACUAGUACACGAAUCCUUUAUUCAGGAGUUCGGAUUCCACCUGCGACUUCAAUUGAGGAGCCUGGGACUUAAACAUCAUAACACCAUUACUGGGGAUUUCAUAACUAAGAUCCGUAGCAACGGUUCUGCUGACAUAGGGUUGAUCACAAAACAUUCAUCAAACAUGCCACAUGCGAAACGCCUUACGCGUUCCCCAGAUGCUUCAUUUGUGCACAAAGAUGCGGGUCUAUCUGGUGUCGUCGUCGAGGUAUCAUACUCUCAGGAUGGCAAGGAGCUGCCCGGGCUGGCCAGGGAUUACCUUCUUCACUCAUAUGGAAAGAUCAAAGCUGUCAUUGGCUUUCAUAUGAACCGGGAAAACAAGACAUCGAACGUUUCGGUCUACAAGGUUCGAAAGACUCCAAGCGAUAAUGGUCGAAUCAAGUUAGGAGUUGAAACAGUGGUGCAUAAAAGCAUUUUCCGCAUAGAGAGCCCCGACCAUCAUGGAACACGACAUAAGCCUCAGAAAAUCCGAUUGAACGAGACGGAGGCGAUCAACGGCGCCUUCAGCAGCGCUUGUUGCGACCUCUCUCGCUUCGCCCGCCCUCGAUCAUUAGCGACGCGAUAG